CCAGUGGAACAGUACAUCAGGCAUGCCAGGGACUGAUAUAAGUGGCUCUCUCGCUACCUUUACUAAAGUCUCUCCUCCUGCGGAAUUACCUCUCUUCCUAUCUGUCACUCUCUCUCUUCCUGCGAAAUUUACCUCUUGUGUCUCUUUCCUCUUUCUCUCUCUCUCUCUCCCUGCUGAGAAUGUUGGAGCACCAGCUGCAAAUCCGUCGAAGAAAGCAACAUCUCUGCUACUUUAGGCCCAUGGACGACCCCAACCCUGCUUUCCCUGGCUCCUCUGCGCACACGCUGCAAAUCAAACAUGGCAACCCGGCGAUCCACGAAUCUCCUUCAGGCGGUCAGCAUUCAGAGAGCAACACGGCAGCCUACUUCCUUUGGCCAGGAUCCACCCGCCUGAACGACACAGCCGAGGAGAGAGCCUCCUACUUCUGGGGUCUGCAGAAACAGCUGGAUUCCGAUGGGGACGGUGCGUUGCCGCCCGGGCAGCAGGCAACCACCAUGCUUGAUCUGAUGAUCAUAAGGGCCUUCCACAGCAAGAUCUUGAGGCGCUACAGCCUGGGCACUGCUGUCGGGUUCCGGAUGAGGAAAGGUGCUCUUACUGACAUUCCGGCCAUACUAGUUUUUGUUGCCCGGAAGGUCCACCGGAGAUGGUUGCUGGAUUGCCAGGUCUUGCCUACAAUACUCGUGGGUCCAGGCGGUAUUUGGUGUGAUGUGGAUGUUGUGGAGUUCUCAUAUUAUACUUCACUAGUUGCAACACCAAAAGAACAAGUUUACACUGAGCUAGUGGAGGGUCUAAGAGGAAGUGACCCGUGUAUUGGUCCAGGAUCCCAGGUUUCUAGCCAAGAAACAUAUGGGACGCUUGGAACCAUUGUAAGAAGCCGUACUGGUUCUCAUCAAGUUGGUUUCCUGACAAACCGUCAUGUUGCUGUCGACUUGGAUUAUCCGAAUCAGAAAAUGUUUCAUCCUUUACCUCCUAACCUUGGACCAGGUGUCUACCUAGGUGCAGUGGAGAGAGCGACUUCAUUUAUUACAGAUGAGCUAUGGUAUGGGAUCUUUGCUAGCAGUAAUCCAGAAACAUUUGUACGAGCUGAUGGGGCUUUUGUCCCAUUUUCGGAUAGCUUUGAUAUGUCAAAAGUCACCACUAAAGUUAAAGGAGUUGGAGAGAUGGGAGAGGUCAUGCGAGUUGAUUUGCAAGCACCUGUCGGGAGUCUCAUCGGCAAACGCGUUGUGAAAGUUGGAAGGAGUUCUGGUCUAACUAAGGGCACCAUCCUUGCAUACGCACUGGAAUAUAAUGAUGAGAAGGGGAUUUGUUUCUUCACUGAUUUUCUUGUUGUUGGAGAAAAUAGGCAGACAUUUGAUCUUGAAGGUGACAGUGGUAGUCUCAUACUUGUUGUUGGUGAUGACAUAGAAAAGCCCAGGCCCAUUGGCAUCAUAUGGGGUGGCACUGCAAAUCGAGGACGUCUCAAGCUUAAGGAUGGAUUGGGUCCUGAGAACUGGACCAGUGCCGUGGACCUUGGACGCCUUCUUGAUCUACUUCAGCUUGAUUUGGUCACUACAGAUGUCAGUCUUCAAGCGGCUUUUGAUAAUGACACUUGUCUUGAACCAGAAGGCGUUGAAGAAAAACCAGAGUGCAUAUCAAAUGCGGCUUCUGAACCAACUGUGGAGGAGCUACCUCCUAAAGGUUCUACAUCUCCAAUUACAUCACUUACCGUGAAGUCCAAGUUUGAUGGUUGUCAAACUCUUCACUUUGAGGAUAUGUCCAGCUAUGGAUCUCGUUUGGCACCACAGAGCAGUGGGAUUGACAUGGAUGUGAUGUUUCGGCAAAAUGAUUUCGUCACUAGGCUGGCAGAGCCAUCAACUAGUGUAGAGCAUCAGUUCAUGCAGGAUUUCCAUGUGUCCUUGGGGCACCCUAAUCUUAACAGGAACCAGUUUCCUGAAAACUUAUCUGGGCUAAGAGAUAGUAAAGAUGGUUCAAAUGAUGAUAUCUCCAUUGGUUUGCAACUAGGUGACGACACAAAGAGAAGGCGAACAGCAUAAUUAUCUGGUUAUUAGUAUUUACCAACAUAUCACGUUCAGCCUGUUUUCAUGGUUGAGGUGGUUGCUCGAUGAACUCUGAUGCAACGGAACUGGAGUUGAAUCUUGUAGGCCACCUGAAUUCCAGAUAAUUUUCUGAGCACAGAUUGUGUACUGAAUUGCCAUUCAUGGCUUAAAAGAUUUAUGCGCUGGUUGGCAAAUUUUGUCUGCUUAUCUUGGGUCCUUUCAGUCGAACUUGACAACAGAGGCCUAUCAACAGAAUUCUUACAUUUAGUUCUGUUGGAUUGUACUAAUUUAUAGUACAAGAUUGAUUAUUGUCAAUCCAUGCGCUUCUCUCUCUCUUACUAUAUAAACAUUUUGUAUUCACUGCAAUCACAGCGGGAUAUCUUUGUUGUA